AUGACACAAGCAACAGUAAAUGUCGGCAAUAGUGCCGGCAAAAAUCUCAAUCCCAAUGCUCAACACUUUUCGUCGCGCGAUUUUAACCAUGGAACAGUACUAGCCGGAUCAACGGCACCCAGUGAUGAUUCGUAUACAGAAUAUCUUGAUAAUGGCACGGGACCGUAUCUUCGACAACAUCAAUCUCAGCUAUAUUCGCGUAAAUUUCAAUUAUUUUAUUUCUAUUUAUUUCCUAUAUGUACAUAUAUAUUUAUAUAUGUUGAUAAUUCAGGUUUUUAUUAUGAGGUCGAUCCGUCGUCAAUCGAUUCACUUCAACAACAACAACAACAGCAACCAGACUCGAACUUCGCCGUACAUGAACAUGUAGCCAUGCUUGAUACAAUCGAUCAUCAACAACCACCAUUGUUAAAUUCAAAUCAUAUACAUCAUCCUCGACAACAUGUAAAUCAGACAAUGCCAGAUGAAGAACAAGUUCAUCAAUUACAACCAGCAUCGGAACAAUUACGACAACUUUUGAAAAAACAACUUGAAUAUUAUUUCUCAAGAGAGAAUAUGAUUCAUGAUGCAUAUUUACAAUCACAAAUGGAUGCCGAUGAUUAUGUUUCUAUAGCUAUAAUUGCAAAUUUUAAACUUGUUAAACGUCUUACACAUGAUUUACAAUUAAUUAUAGAAGUACUUAAAGAAAUACCAUCUGUUGAAGUUGACGCCGAAGAAAAGAAAGUUCGUUCAUCUGAAGAAAAAAAAUAUCGACUAACACGUAAACGUUGUAUUAUUAUUUUACGUGAUGUACCAUUGGAUGCGACUGAAGCCGAAGUAUCAGAAUUAUUUUUAAAUGAACAUUGUCCUGUACCAGCAGUUGAAUGUGAAAGAGUUUUAGAAUCAGGUACUUCUGAUUGCUGGUAUGUGACAUUCAAUAGUGAGGAUGAUGCGCAAAAUGCCUUUCUAUAUUUAACACGUGAAAAUGUUUCAAUACGUGGUCAAAAAGUUUUGGGUCGAAUGAAAACACGUCUAUGGCAAAAACCAUCAUCUGUACCAAGUACAAAUGCAUCAACACCUAUGUCACCACCAAUGACAUCAAAUAAUAGUGGUGCAACAAGUCCACCACCAUCGUCACAACAACUGAUUCAAACAUAUCAAAACGCAACAUUUGUUCCACAACAGCAACAAACUCUACCUCCACAACUUCAGUACUCGGCUCACCCACAACAGCAACAACAAUUUAAUCAACAACAAAUUCCACCACAACAGCAACAACAACAUGCUUCUGUUUAUAUGCAAACAGGAGCCAAUACUCAUCCGAAUCAAACAUCAAUUCUUGGAAAUAUUCAAUCACAAACAAAUACUUAUCGUCUUCCAAUGCAUUCAUCAGCGGGUCCACCACCACCUCCUCCGCAACAUGUUGCUGCUCAAUUUUCAACGACAAAUCAAACACAACAUUCGAUGGAACAUGCACAAGCAUUACAACAUUUACGACUAAGUUACCCAAAUUAUGGUGCUAAUACAGCAUUUGAUCGUGCUACAUGGGCUGCGACACAUCCGCAAAGUGUGCAAUCUGCACAGCAAACACUUCAAUUUGCAACAGCAGCUCAACAAGCUAAUAUGGCUUCGUAUCCAGCUUCAAUUCAUCAACAACCACAACUGUUCGCUGGAAAUCAUCCUGUAUUUCAAGCGGGAGGCGGCUUAUGGUAUAUGCAACCUGGUUAUCAAACAGCUGACGGUUAUCCAACUAUGGCCUAUAACGGUGGCAAUAAACCUAAAACUCGAAUGACACGUGAAUAUCCACAAACAUCUAAAUCACGUAAUUCAACUAAACCACUUGGUACUCGAAAUUCUCGUCAUGAAGGACCCCAAAUGAAUAAUGAACAUUCAAAUGAAUUACUUGAUUAUUGUCAACACAGUACUCCACAUUCCGAAGAUAGUAGUUCACCAAUCCCUCGUGCCGAAGCAGUCAUUAAUCGUGUUAAUGAACCAAUUGCACAGCCAGUAUCAAAUACAUCAUUACAACAUGUCCAAGCAUACUCUACAAGUUCAAUUGAUACCUCAGCUAAUGAAACUAUUGAUCAUUAUCAUCAUCAAUCAAAUAAUGAUGUUUUAUAUAAUAAUAAUACGAACAGUCAUGUCCAACAACAAGGGUCAUCUGAUACAAAUCAAUCCCAAGAACAAACUAAUGAUUCACAAAAUUUAGGCAAUUUUUCACUUCAAUCCUCUUAUCGGACAUCAACAACAAUCGAAAAUUCCAAUUUAAAUUACCAACCAUUAGAACAACGAAAACAACCUGCUAGUAAUCAAGAUCAACAAGCACAUCCUCAAGCCAAUGAAAAUCAACAACAAUCAAAUAAAAAACCGAAUCAACAACCGGCAUCAAUCCGUCCAUUAAUGCCACGUGAAAUCCGACCAACACAAAAUUCCAAUCGUCCAUCGUCAUCGUCACAACAAGGACGAUCUCAACAACAACAACAACAACAACAAUCACGGAAUAAUUCAAAUUCAGCAACACCAUUAACUGUUACAAUACCUAAAGUAUCAUCAGCGACUUAUUACAAUCAAACAUCAUCAUCAUCACCACAAUCUCCUAAUUCAAAUCAAAAAAAUCAACAACAGCAGCAAUCAGUUAUUGAUAAUAAUGGACCUCGUACUUAUGCUGAUAUGCUUAAACUGAAACAAAAUCCCCAACAACAACAAUCAGAAUCAACAAGAUCUCCAACAAAUGAAACUAACGAUAUAACUUCGCCGCGCGCUCAAUCACCGACCACUAAUCUUAGGACUGAUUCCGUAUCCGUUAAUGCCGAAUCGAGUGGCCAAUUAUCGCCAACAUCAUCCGAUUUAUCGCCUUCAAAUCAAAUCGAACCAACAAUUAUUUCACAGUCAUCAGCCAUAAAUGAUGUGAAUUCUGCUCGUCGUAAUAGUUCUGCAUCCGAUCAUCCUCAACAACAACAGCAACAGCAACAGCAACAGCAACCGCAACAGCAACAGCAACCGCAACAACAACAACAACAACAACAACAGCAUACAUCACCAUCACAUCAACAGUAUAAUAAUCAACGUGGUCGUGGUGGUGGUCGCGGAGGUGGAAAUUAUCGCUAUACACAUGAACGUCGUUCUGGUUCAAAUAACAGUUUAAAUCGUGGUGGCGGCGGCGGUGGCGUUACUGGUAAUCGUGGUGGAGGACGUCGUACAGUAAAUAAUAAUAAUGCUGGCUCUAAUGGUCCACCAACCUAUCAAUCUCGUGGUGGUGGACGUGGUAAUGGAAGAGUUUUUGAUCGUUCACGAGGAGGAGGUGGUAACUAUCACAAUAGUAAUCAACCGGUGGUGAACCGUUUCACCAGCAACCCCGGCAAUGUUGAAUCACAGGUUCACUAUACUGAAUAG